CCUGGAAUUAUGAGCCCCAUAUAAAGAUAGCCAGCGGACUACCUCACAAGUCAUUCUAGGAGGGAAGUGAAACUUAUAAGGAUGAAGGGGCGAGAAAUUUGUGUCAGUGUUUGGUAUUUUAAGGCAAUCAUAGACGACUAAAUGGCCAGGUCUGCCCUAAGUACGGAUGUUGAGUUCCACAUUCUUCAUAACUAUCCCUGGUCAAAGCUUCCAACUAAUAUAAAACAGGUAAAAACUUGUAUAUUUCCUAACCUCGGCACGGACUUUUACUAAUGCUCUGUAUUUACCGGAAUUAAAGGCACUCUGCUGUUCUGCUUAAUAUUAUCUCUUGGAAAAUAGCCAGUCCUUGCGAAGAAAAAUUAUGUGUUUCUGUAAUAUUCUUUUUUCCUCAGUCGCUGGGUAACAGCCAGAAAGAAUGGGAAAAAUGUGUAUUCGAUUACAGUGUGAGGAAUCAAUUGAGAUAUCGCGGAAAUAUAGGUUAGUGCCCUUAUUUAAGUCUUCAACUAAAAGGUGCAAAGAAAUAUCGGCUUCCAGUUAUUGUCCAGCUUCAUGUUGUGUUAAGUGUAAGGAAAAGAAUUGGUAACUUUAUUCACUGAGUUGAAUAAAAAUUAUGCGGAAAUAUUACAAGUUAUUGGAUAUCUUUAGGAUUAUGAACACGCACGUGAAGACCCAGUCAUCAUUCAGAUGUUAUGUUAAUGUAGGUUAUAAAUCGUUAAUUAUUCAAGGCGUGAAUAAUCUGGUUAACAGAUAAUUCGUUAUUAACACUGAAUUCGGCAAUAUUCCUAAGUAUUCAUGUGGGUUUGAAUUUUGCUUUGUAAACAAACAAAAAUAUAAAAUAUUUUUGAAAAGAUGAAGGGAUAUCAUUAAUCCUCACCAACGUGAUUAAAUAUUGUUCAUUGUGGUGUAGGAUAGGAGAUGAACUUUAUUCAUUUGUCUCGUGAUGGAGUCACAUUGCGAUCAACAUCCAAGUAACUCUAUCAUUAGACAAAUGAAUAAUGUUCAUCUCCAAUCUCACCAAGUUUCCUUCUAUUAGUUAUUCCUUGGAGAUCACCUUCAACAGCCUCAAAUCACAGCUGUUACUUUAACACCAGCUGUUAAAUGUCAUGUUUAGCUUUCCUAGCCUCGUUCACAGGUGUAAAUAUUGCACAAACUUUCUCUUAGAAACAGGGCUAAGAAAGAAAGCUUACUUGCAUGCAUGUUUUGAUUACAUAUUUUUUUCCUUUAUGAAAGAUGCUUUUAGCUAGGAUGCACCUAUCCCUAGUAUUCCCUGAAAUGUUUCUAUUAUUGAGAGAAGUGCAAGAAGGGUGAGAACCUUGCACACAAUCAUGCAACAAAGAGGGCAUUUUUUUUUUUUUUAUUGAGAGGGGGACUUUCUUUCCCUCCGUAAAACUUGAGUGCUUCUGUCAUUUGAACUUAAAAGCAGCUCAGGUAAGAAAUGUUUAUGUUGAUUAUAGUGAACAGUAUCAAGAGGGGUAACAGCUUGCACUUACAUGGGAAAUUUUAUCCAAAAAUCCCUAAAUGAGUUUAAAUGCUGGUUGUUGAGAUCAGUGAAAAUCUCUGGGUUUGCAUGACCUUGGCAGUGUUAAAGAUUCUCACUGAUUGUAACAAAUGAAUUCAUAAUUAUUGGAGUACAAAAUUGCCAUUAUUGACACAGAAAAUCACCUAGCAUAUAGAUUACGUCAAGGAAAGAUGAAAUCUGCUUGUGAUUUGGAUUUUGAUGAGAUUGGCUUCAAUUGGUAAUUAACAUUUGCUGUUGCGUCACUUGUUUGACUUUACAAUAUAUUGUUUUUACUUGUUCAGAGUAGUGAUACAAUAUUUUGAAUAAUUACACUGUUUUGUUCUCAGUACGACAAGUCAGAAGGGAUGAGAGAAAGUAUUAUGAAGAUUUACUGCAGUACAGUAAACAACACCUCAUGGUAAGGAUGCUAUCGGACUACAGAUGAUACUCUCUUUAUAUACCCUCUUAGAUACAACAGAUUCAUCCAUAGCAUUCUUGACAAAAUUAAGUUUUUAACAGGGGUUUCCUUAAAUUUUUCCAUAAAUGGCUACCAAUGAAUGUAAUAGGUGGCUGUGCUGUAAGGUGAAACCCAAACACUAGAGUCUUCUAGUAGGCUAAACAGACAGCAGUGAGACGUCUUGGAGGUGGCAGUAGACCACCGAUAACUGGCAUUUAUUGAGACCCGUGCUUUUUAACCUCCAUAUAAACUGUUAAUAAAAACACUACAGCCUUUCUUACCCCUCCAUGACUAUGCAUUUAUAGAAGUAGAGGGGUCAUAAACUAGCCUCUUCUUGGUGUUUGUCGGGUUGUAGCUGUUUUAAUGUAUCAACUAUUCUUUAUAAGUGGAGUCUUAUGUUAGGCCUAGAUGCCCCCUCAGCUAGGCACUUGUGAUUGGCUUUUGGUUGGUUGUAAUAGAAAAGUAAAAAGCUUUAGACAAAAAUAAAAGCAAAACUGAGGGACUAACUCAGCCCUUGGUGAAUUUUAAUUCAGAGAUGUGUUAAAAAAUUUUUGUUAGUGUCUGGUUUACUUGCAAUAUUCCGUAUGAGGUAAGAUAGCAGCAGAGGAUGGUUUGAUAUAGGAAACACAAUAAGAUAAUAAACAUCAGGGCCAAGUUUUUUGAAGGAUAGUUGGAGCUAAUCCAGAUUUACCUGCCAAGGCUACUAAUAACUUUUGUACACAAUCAACUUGUGGUAUGUGUCAUUCAAGUUUCCCUGACUUGUCCCUGUCUUCAUAUUCUUCUUGUCUUUUCACUCAUGAUUCAUACAUGGCUUGCUGUUUAUUUUAUAGCUGUUCCCUUACCACCUGUCAGAUGUGAUAGUAAAAGGUUUGAGGAUCACUCCAUUUUCAUACUACUGUAGCAUCAUGGAAAACAUCAUGUCAAAUGAAAGGAGCUAUGACUCAUUACCAAACUUCACUGCAGCAGAUUGUAAGUUUAAAGACAUUCAGAUAUGAAAUCAUUUUCAGUUUAUGUUAUGAGCUUUAGAAAAUCCCAGUCAACAUCUUUGAUAUAAGCAAUUUUUUAAAAUAGAAUUUUUCUGAAUAUUCUGUCUGAAUAUGCUAUGCUGGAUACGCAGGAUGAGGCUAUUAUGCUACAACCUAUACCAAAUUUUCAUGUAAACAGGGUUGAAAAAUGAAUGUAUUUCAUCUUAAAUUGGGUCAGGAAUUUUUAAAGCUUUCAAAGCACCCCCUCCCCCCCUCCCUUCCUUAGCCAAACUUCUUUUAACUGCCCCCCUCUUUGCCAAGUCAAAAAGGGAAAUGGUGACCAACAAUUUGAAUUACUGAGUAAAAAUGAAUUUCACUUUCUACUGGUUUUGAGAAUUGUGAGGUUCCUUUCUGUUUUUUUUUUUCAGGUUUACGGCUGUUGGCAAUUGGUAGAAAUCAAUAUAUUGAGUUGAUGAAUCAGUGCCGGUCAUCUAAGGUAUGAGUAGGUGCCACUUUGAUUAUGCAAAAGUAACCUUGAAACUGAUCACUUGUGAACAAUAAUCAAUGUUUUAUUGUUGGUUUUCUGUUAUUGAAGACAUUUCUAGAAAUGACUGAAAGAGUCUUCUCAAAGGAUAUCUUAGUAUGAAGAAGAGCUGUAUUAUUUAAGAAUGACUUAAGAAAUUAUUCUGCAAGAGCUAACUGGAACUGUGUAUUUCAGGAGGGUGUCCUUCUUAUAGAGCUGUCUGAUGAGAGGAAGUGUACUGUGUUGAAAAAAUUAACAUAAUGCUUUGAUGUUCAGUCUUAAAUUUAUAUAUAACAACACAGAAAUAAAACCAUUUCAAUCAGACAUUUUUUAUCUCCUCAAUCUUUUUAUCCAUAUGUCAAUAUUAGCCUGUAAAUUAAAGUCCUUGAUAAUCUGAGAUAGUACUGAAUCCUGGAUCAAGGAAAGCCUGAGGCAAAGAAAGUAGUAAGCAGGUAGGAGGGUCAGGGAGAAACAAAAUGUAUAUUUGUCCCAUCCCCUCCUCCUUUACUAGUUUGUCAUUCCCACGACCUCCCUCUUGGUACUCUUUUUUUUUUUUUGUCUCCAGGCUUUCCUCAAUGUUACUCGUGCUCUAUGGGGAUUUUAACACUCAAAUGGCAUAUUGAGCACUCACCUACAAGAAGAUACACUGUAUGCCUGCUUCACAGGCAAGGUAACACUAUACCUUACUCAGUCCUUACAUUAAAUCUUUUUCAGAAAUUCUUUAGAAAGAAGCCUGUGCGGGAUCUUCUGCCAACUAAACCUGCUGUGUUAAAGGUUCUGGAACCCUGGUGGAUUGUGCAGAUUGGUUAUGUGACAGAAGAUGACAUCAGGGUAAGAAGGAAAAGGAGCUUUCAAUAUGAUUGUACGUUAGGGAAGAUUGGUCUUUUGGAGAAUUGCUAUUAGUUUGUGAUUUUUGUAUGAUGUUAAAUUUAAAAAUGUAGUUUCUUUAAAAGCAGUGGAAAAGCUCUAAUAGCUGUUACUGUUGUUGAAGCUUUUUGAGGCCUGAAUAAAAAUAUCUGAAUAUUUGGCCCAGCCUCAGUGAGUUUUUCAAAAUUAUUAUAUAUAAAUUAUUAUAUAUAAGGUUUAUUUCUUCACUAUCUCUGUUAACAUAGUAAGUGGAUUACUUAUUGUAACCAAUGGUAUUCAGUUUUCAGAUUUCAGAAUGAUACUUAAAAGUGAUUUCUUUUUAAAACUGUUAAACACUGUCAUUUCUGUGCAGAUGUGUUCAAAUGCUGAACACCAAGCCAUUGAUUCCAUAAUUGAUAAAGGUGCCACUCAAGCUGGGAUGAUGGACCUCAAAGUUGCACAAGGUAAAAGAAUGAUCAUUGUCUUAUUAUCAAGUCACAUGCUGUGUAACUUGUUGAAUAUAUUACACUAGCUUUUUUGGGAGGCAAGGUUGACUCACCAUGGGUCUUUUUGCAAAGCAAAAUAGUCUGCUCCAACUGGUUGGUUUUCAAGGGCUGUGAUUAGUGCAUUUUGGUCUUUUGCAAUUUGACUGUUCCUUGAACCCUUGAAAUCCUAAGAGUGACCAGCAUCUAAUUUCUCCUUGCAGUAAUAGUGCUUAAUAUAAUAAUAAUAAUAAUAAUAAUAAUAAUAAUAAUAAUAAUAAUAAUAAUAAUAAAAAUAAAGAUCACAAGAACAAAGGAAAAUUAUCACCAACCUCAGAAGUUCUGAUGGUUAAAACAAAUUCUCCCUGCCAGUACCAAAGAAAAAGUAUUAAAAAGAGUAGGGAGAAUAUUAAACCACAUGGUGUAGGGAUAAGUUAUAAGAAAGGGAGAGAUGUUGAGUUAUUCUAGUAAUGCUUUUUGAAGAGGUAUGAUUUCAUGUCUUUAUGUGUUAGACAUUGAUGACACUCUUCUUUUCAUAAAAUACGAGGUAAACUGUUGUUUUUGCAGGACUUUACACCAAAGGUCUUAUCUACAUAGAUGUACCAAUUGCUGAUGACGACUAUAUAGUUGGUAAGAAAUUGUAUAAUCAUGUUAUAUGUGAGCAAGGGAAGAGUCUAAUAUUUGCGGUGAUCCUGAGAAAAAUUAUGAAGACAUUGAUGCACACACAAGUUGCUAUCAAAGUUAAUGCAGUGAAAAAUGAAUAUACAGCAACAUGAGAGAUGUGGAAACCUAUAGGUAUUUACAGUUUGACUUUUGUUUCAGCAUGUUUUUCACAUAAUGAAAACCAAAUCUGAGAUAACUUUGCUUUUGGUGAAUUUUGAGUAAAUAUGCAUAAAAAAAGGUCAUAUACAUGAGUACAGCUUUUGUCAAAUAGACUCAAAAUUUAAUGAGUCAAUGUACAAGAUAUGGGAGAUUUUUGUUUACUUUUUAAGAUCUUGGUUGCCUAAACUUUCUUUCUUCUUGGUUUCUUUGCAGUUCCACCUUUAGAGAAUUUUGUGAUGAACAGGGUUUUGGGUGAUUACUUUGAAGUUCUGAUGUACAAGAUAUUUGUUUCAAUAGAUGAGCACACUAAUAUAAAAGAGGUGACUUUGAAUUUUUUAGCAUGCUUUCAAAUUAUGUCCUGGAUAUGGAAAUGUUUACCUGAAUGGUCAAUAAAAUUUCUUUGAGUCAUCCUCUUUGUGGUCUGUGAUAAGGAAAUGAUGAAAAAAAGCCAUUGGUUUAUGAUAACAUCAAGUGAUUAUGAUAAAUGAUAUUUCAUCCAUUUUUUUUAUUGCAGUUAGCAAAUGUUUUGCAGAUAGAUUUGCAAUUAGUUAAGGUAAGAUUUUGUUGUGAAGUGAAAAGAAUGUUUCUAUGUUUCCUUUUCAUUUUUUGCUUAUUGCAACCCACUCAAAAAAGAGGUUAAGCUGUGGACUACUAACAUCGUUAUCCUUUUGUAUCAUCGUACAGAAUGCUGUGUCAGUUUAUAUCCGACUUGGUUUUGCACAUAAGAAGGGUGUGGAAAUUGAGGAAACUAAGUUACACCACUCCUGGACAGAGAAAGUCAACAGUUUGGCAAUGAAGAGGUGAUAAAUAAUUAUGAUAAUAAAAUGUUUGCAUUGUCAUUGUGUCAUUAUUGAAGAUGGCCUGUGUAAAUUUGCGAGGCACUUGUGUUUUAGGGGCUACAGUGAUGUUUCAAACAGAGGCCCUUAAUGGCCUUUUAAGGGUGGGGGGAGUUGGAUAUGUGCUCCCAUAAACAAGAUAAACCUGGCAGGUAAACAAUGUCUUCUUGAUAUCAAACCAAAUUUUCUUGACCAAUUUCAAGGAAAGGUGAUACAACUUGCAGAGAUAAUCAGAGAACUGAUUAUGAUCAGUGAAAGGUUAAUGAUUCAACAGCUCAAUGAUAUGCAGCUACAUGUCUUGUUUAGAUCUACAUCAACAGUAUGGAAUACUUAUUUUGUUUUUUGGUUCUCAGUCCCAUGUCUGUGACAAAACAAGAAGAUGUGUGUCUCCAUUCCAUUACCAAGCUCAAAAUUUACCAUCUUUCUUAUUCUGUUUGUGCACGUGAUGCUUAAAACAUUUAAUUUACUGAUCCCAGCAGUUUGCAGGAGGCAUGUCAUAUAUAACCGUAGUAAUAAACCAGGUCACUGUAGAGUCUCUACAGCUCAGUGGUAGGGUAUCAGAGUGCAGAAUCCAAAGGUCUGAGGUUCAAAUGCUCAUGGAGCAUCAGAAUUUUUGUUUGCCCACACUCAUGACAAGACCAAAAAAGUGUCUUUUUCUUUACUUUGGUUUUCCAAUUUUUCCAAUUUUUCCAAUUGUUUCUUCAGAUGUAGCAGCAAAGACAAUCUCCUGACUCUGGACCUUAGUAACCUCCCAGACAAGGCAAAUUCAAUGACAACUUCUCUAGAUAUUUCGUCUAGUGAUUCUCAUGAAACAAAUGGAGAGCUCUCUACACCAGGUAAAAACAUAAUACGUCACUCAAUUCAAUAUGAACAGAUCUUUUGGCAUUGGUAAGAAGGUGCUUGGAAGGAUCUGGGGUUUUGAGAUGCAAGUAAAAUGAAUCUGCAAACAAAGCAAAUGCCCAUUCCCUUUCAAAUUAUUCCAAUGUCCAUAUCAUUAGGUGAUUAAUAUUACCUUCCCUGCUGUACAAGGUAGUAGUCCAUGAUGAUUUAUCCCCAGAGUUUCAUCAGGUUCCUCUGACAUUUCACUGAUGACUCUUUAUACUCCUGGAUAGCAAGAGGCACAGUGAAUGAACCCUUUAACUUCCAGAAAUUAUUAAUAUGUAACCUCUCCCUUCAAUAUCCAUAAAUUAUCCAGGAAACAGGUGAUGACAGUACCCAAACUUAUCUGGCAGAAGUUGUAUUCUUGAUCCAGCCCCAGAUUGUGAAACUAAUUUACAAGGAAAUGUGUUGCAGCUAGAGGGAAAACUAAUUAUCAGAUUUUAGAAGUUAAAAGUUUGAGUUUCUUGCCCAAGAAUACAACACAAUGACCUAGCCAAAUAUCCAUUUCCCAUUUCUUGACCCAUGGUCCACUGCGUAACCAGUAGGCUUCCAUCUCCCACAAAUUGAGGUUCAAGAACUGCUAUAAAAUCAUGUUAACUGAUUUCAUUGGGAUCUCUGAUAGGGAUCUUUUCUUUUUCAAACAGCAAAAAUUACACGUAGUUCAAUUGUGCAACUUUUUUUUUACAGCUGAAAGUAUUUCAGGAGGGGCAACAAAGAGGAUUGCUUUCCUUUUUGAUUCUACGCUGACUGCUUUCCUCAUGAUGGGCAAUUUAUCCCCGGUGAGUACUGUAGGACUGUGUAGUGAAUCAGUUAUGUUGAGCAAAUAUCAUCAUCAUCAUCAUCAUAGGGGUGUCUUCAUGUGUAUGAUUUUUUUCAUGCUUGAAGAGCAUGGGCCACUUUUGUAGCAAUUGUGGAUUCACUUGUCAAAGUCAGUCUUGUUAUACAUUGUUUUACAAAGCUACAUAGCCUCAAUGCUUGCAGUUUUUGCUAGUCUUGACCAGUGGCAUAUGACAAACCACCUUGUCUACAUACUAUUAUCUAAGCUCGCUUAUUGACCAAUGAGAGCACGCCUAAUGUCUCAUUUAUUGUAUUAUCAGUGGUUGCAUGUUUCAUUGUACCUGUGUGGUGUAAAGUUGGCUUUUAAUGAGAAGAGCACGAGAUCUGCUGUCUUUACAUAGAAAGCUGCUUAGCCCUUAAACCCCUAGGAAUGACAAGAGUCCAAUUUCUCCAUACAGUCUUACUUCUGAAUCAAACAUUAAGGUUAUGAGAAUACAGGAAAUGAUCACCCACUCAAAAAGCAUGUAAUUCGUUGGACAAACUCUCCUUGGGAAAUGUAUGGAGAACAGUAUGGAGAAUAUGCAUACUGAUGUCAGACUGUAAGUGUUUUAAUUUUUUUUUCAUUGAUGUAGGGUUUGAAGAGCCAUGCGGUCACAAUGUUUGAAGUUGGAAAACUCACAGAUGAAUCGUUGGACAGUUUUCUUGGAGAGCUUGAGAAGGCAAGUCCUAAAAAUCUUGAUUAUCGCAAUUAUCUUCCUACUUUUUAUUGGCAUCGAUAAGAUUUUCCUGUCGAGAAAGAGGGGGGGGGAGCAUAGAGUAAAGUUUUAGGAAGAUAUCAGGUUGUUCUUUACCAACGUAUUAUCUUUUCUCGUGAAAACGAAAGAGGUCUUUUGCAGCCGAAUAAUUCUCCCCUCUUAUGGCCACUCCCUUCUCUCUCUCCUAUAAGUCCAAAUGAGAUAUAUGACCGUGUAUUUACCGUUCUUUUAGGUGGAUAGUGUUGCAGAAGGCGAAGCUCAAAGAUAUUUUGACCAUGCUAUCACACUUAGGGACGCUAUUUUGUUCUUGAGGUACAACAGGAACCUUGGAUUGGAACCUGAUCAAGUCCCUGCUAAGGGUUUAGGUGAGUAAUGUGGCGUAACGAACCUAUCGACUGAAAGUCAAAUUAUAUAAAAUGCCAGCUUGACUGUUGUGCAUUCUGUUCUACUUACAGACUUGUUGCGAUGUGAAAGUCUCAACAGUUUGGAUUCUGCUGCUUGUGGUCGAGUUCUGCAAAAGAACUACAGGUAUUUGAGUAACCCUAUCACUUCCGAGAUAUGCAAGUUAAUUCUCCCAACUUGUACAUGAGGAAUUAGGUAUUAUAUCAAAAACCUAACGCCUGAUUGAUAUUGUUUCAUUCUCAAUACCUUUCUGCUUUAAAGUGUGUUAAAAUGUAAGGAGAAUCUACACACUGGUCAUAUCCGGGAAUUAAGGGGUAAACACAAUUUUCCACCAGCUGUAUCUUUCGCUACGCAUAAUAAUUUGUGCUUUGCUCCUCGCUUUGGGGAAUUAUUGGAGAGUUAUGUUGUGGUAUGUAGCAUGUUUUAAGCGGCUAGCGCGACUAGCGUGACUAGGCGAUUUAGGUUAGUAACUUGAAUAGCGUGACUGUCUAAUUAACGUUACUAAGCUCUAGUUUUGUUUAUAAUUUUCAGUUUACUGGUGUCGAUGGCGCCCCUUAGUCAUGAGAUCCGACCUGUGACGAGUUGUUGCCCGCCGCAUUUUGGUCCAGCGGUACCCGAGGUCAACUCAGUAUGGUUCAAACUCUUCAUAUAUGAACAAGUGAAAAGUGGCCCACCCUCCCUUCUUUUAGUUAAGGGUACACGCCUCCGGUGGUUACCCAAAAUUUUCGAGGUAAUAUUUGUUUUUAAUUGUUUAAGUAAGGCUUGAUACAGGUGAGAGCGCUCGCCUCUCUUCCCCACCCUCCUCACUGCGAUCUGGGUUCAACUCCCGGACGGGACUUCCCCAGCGGCUUCAGUUUAUUUUUUAUUCUCUUCCUUGCUCCGAGAGUUUUUUAUUCGGUUUCUCUGUCUUUCCUCCCUCCACACAAGCCAACUCCCCAACUUUCAAUUCGAUCUGGAUACAGCGGACUAAAAGCCACUUUAUCCACUACUAAAAUGUUAUCAUCGUCGUUGUAGUCAUUGUCAUCAUCAUCAUCAUCAUCAGCAUAAAUCAUCUUCAUUAUUAUUAUCAAUUUUUAAAUUUUUUCCCAGGAUUUUGAAAGGUUGAUGAUAACCACGUGGGGUCACGAUCCAGGAAUUGUGUCCGUGUCCAAUGUUUUAUUAGCGCUAAACGAUGCUCUGUCUCACUCGGCUGUUUUGGUACAGGUAAGCUUACAUCAUUACAGACUGUUGUCUGAGGAGAAUCAGCGGGGAUUUAUCCAUUAAACGAAAAGAACAGGUUAAAAUAAACCAAGAGAAUAUUAUAAUCUCUCGAGUAAACCUCAUCUGAGUGUAGCAAAUAAUCCGGAGUAACUUUGGUUUUGCUUGACCUGGUUCUGAUUGGCCCCAGAAACAGGCCUGUUACUGUUGCCUAGUCACUCGUAUUUUCUCGUGGUCGAAGGCUGCUGGUGACUAGCGCGGGCAAAUCAACAGUUUGCAACGUGCUUGAAAACGCGAAAAGGAUGCGUGUGUGUAUCUCCUGGGUCGCGCACUUGAUUUGUUCAGAAAAUCGUCAUUUUUAUAUGCCUCUGAUAUUUGGAGUGGUUUAAACGAAUUGUGCGAAUCUAUACAACGACAACUUGUUUCCUUGAAGCCUCGUAGUCCUUGAUAUGUUUAGAUAGAAAGGAUGCGCAUAGAGAAAGACUGACACAAUCCAAAGAAUUGAACAUGUAUUUUUAUAACAGGCUCAUGGACUUCAUACAGAGGGUGAUGUCGUCUAUGUGCCUUUUCCACUCGAUUGUAAAUACGGUAAGUGACUAAACCCCGGCUUUGACCCCUGAGAGUGACCAGCAUCUAAUGUCUCCUCGAAGUAUCACCCUUGAAUCAGACAUGAAGGUCCUAAGAAUACAGGAAAUGAUCACCAAGAAAAAAGCUCUUGAUUAUUGAACAAAUUCUCUUUGUCAGUACCUAAGGAAAUGUGUAGAGUACAGUAUGGAGAACAUGCAUACUGAUGUUAGAAUGUAAAGGGUUAAAAGAAAAAUGUCAGAUAGGAGAGAGAAUCUGUAAUCUUAACCAUAUGAUGUCUUUGAUGUUUGAUUAUCAACCGGAAUUGUUCAGCGCGUAAUCGUCCAUAACUCCUUGCAGGUGAACCGUUCUCUGAAGACAACAUGGAGGCGCACCCUGUUGUUCAACAGCUUUCGAAAUGUCUCGAUUUGGAACACACAUGUGGCUUUAUAUCCAUGCUAAAACCAUCCGUCACCAAACAAGCCGCGAGCGCACGCCGGAGAACCAUCUCGGCAAACUUCGGGAUGUCGUCGGCGGUCGAGAGCGAUCCUAGUUCGCUGUCGCCGCUGAUCGUCAUCAACGACGCAGACAGCAGCGUUGACUCGGCGAGCGACGAGCAGAACGAGGAGGACGGAGUUGAUGGAGUGACUUGUGGGUCAGAUAAUGAUAUGGUGAUGGUUGGUAAAGAAAAGAAGAAAGAGAGUGAAGGCGAUAGAGGUGCUGAGAAAUGGCUGCCGCUAGAUUUGUGUUAUGGUCUUCCUUUGUUUGAUGGUGACUUGAGCAAUCAAGUCUAUCAGAAGGUAUGAUCUACCAAUCUUUGAAGUAAGCUCUCUUAGCCAGGAGGGGAAGCCAGGGUGUUUUUAUCGGGAGUAAUUUUGAAGAGUGCAAAGACUUAAGGAAAGUUUGAUAUGCUUGUUACGUUUGCGAACUUGUUGUGGUACGAAACCUCUGCAAACCAAAUUAAUUACAAACCUAAAUAGAAUGCACACAACAGUCCUGCAAUUGGAGUUGUCUCAAAUAUUUUUGAUGGAAUAAUACCAAGUUUUCUAUGGUCAGUUCACUAAUUUUUUGGUAUGUUUGGAGAAUAAGUCGCUUUGGUGGUAACAGCAAUGUUACAAGAAAGUAUCAUGCGAAGAUCUGCUUUAAAACAAAUUGCUUAGUUCAAUGAAAAAUCGAAUUCGUUCUCAAUUUAUUUUUGCAGAUAUCCUCGAAGGGAUUGUGCCACGAGGAAAGGUAGGUUGCCAUGAAAUUUGUCGACACUCUUCAUGUUUUUCUUUUUUCGAAAAAGGAAUUCCUCUUGGCUGAUCUUUCCAUUUAUCCUUGCAGUUUAAAGUCACUCGUACACUCGAGCCGAAAACUUACUCUGCGACUCCUGGAUUUUAUAUCUAAACACCAGGUAAGAUUGCUAAUAACGAUCUCGUUCACACUACGGAACAGCUGAGAACUAGCAACAUGCAUGUGAUAAAAGUAUAAAUUUUAAAGCCCGCGUCCGCUUAACACAGAUUGUUAGCUUAUUAUGGGAUUCACUCAGCACAGGUUUAACCUUUUUGGAACAAUUUCAAUUAAGUGUCGAAAGAAAUUCGGGUUUGUGUCGGUUUUGUUUUACUACGGUCUGUGAUUGGCCUCGAGAACCCGCGCCACACUCUCGACCAAACAGAUACGAAAGUGAACUCAGUUGCGAAUGUAUCGCCCGCGUUUACCCGCGCCUUGGGCCAUUUGCUUCUUUUUAAUGUGAGUUUUCUUUGGCAUCAAAAUUUCGUUUUGUUCCGUGUGGUUCCUAUGAAGUUCGUGCUACGGUCUGUGAUUGUCACGAAAACCUGCGCCACAAUCUCGGCCAAUCAGAUGCAAAAUAAAACUAUCGCAAAUUUGUCGCACGCGUUUUCCCGCGCUUUACUGAGUCCAUUUGACUUGUUGUAUAUUCAGCUUUAGUUGGCUACUGUGACAUUUCGUUUUCUGAUUGGUUGUUGUCAUUUUGUUGGUUUGGUCUUUUGACUCUCAGUUUAAAAGCUUUCUAUUUGUUAACUAAACAUUCGCUUGUUCCUUCAAAGGACGCCACUGUCUUUCAAGAAACAACCAGCGACCCUAUCUCCUUUCCCUCACAAGGACUCAGUUCGCCCGCUUCAGUUAUUCCCUACCCAACUCAUAAUCUCUGCUUUUACAACGGCAAACUCGAUGUCUGGGAUGGCAGGUGA